GGGGGGGCCCGGGAGGCGGCGGCGCCGCCAUGAAACGGGACGUGAGGAUCCUCCUGCUCGGGGAGGCCCAGGUGGGGAAGACGUCCCUGAUCAUGGCUCUGGUGGGAGAGGAGUUUCCUGAAGAGGUGCCCCCCCGAGCAGAGGAGAUCACGAUCCCAGCCGAUGUCACCCCUGAGAAGGUCCCCACACAUAUAGUGGACUACUCAGAAUCAGAGCAGACAGAGGAGGAGCUGCAGGAGGAGAUCGCCAAGGCCAACGUGGUCUGCAUGGUGUAUGAUGUCACCAAGGAGGCCACCAUUGACAAGAUUCGCACAAAGUGGAUCCCCAUGGUGAAUGGGGGACUUGAGAAGGGAUCCAGAAUCCCCAUUAUUUUAGUGGGAAACAAGUCUGACCUGCAGAUGGGCAGCUCCAUGGAGGUCAUCCUGCCCAUCAUGAACCAGUUCUCGGAGAUUGAGACCUGCGUGGAGUGCUCUGCCAAGAACCUCAAGAACAUCUCUGAGCUCUUCUACUACGCCCAGAAAGCUGUGCUGCACCCCACUGCCCCACUCUACGACCCUGAGGAGAAGCAGCUCAAACCCGCCUGUGCUCGAGCACUGACACGGAUCUUCAACCUCUCAGACCAGGACAACAACCAGAUCCUCAGUGAUGAUGAGCUCAACUACUUCCAGAAGUCUUGUUUUGGAAACCCCCUGGCUCCCCAGGCCCUGGAGGAUGUGAAGAUGGUUGUGUGGAAGAACACGACAGACGGGGUGCAGGACAACGGCCUCACCUUGAAUGGUUUCCUCUUCCUCAACACCCUCUUCAUCCAGAGGGGCCGGCACGAGACCACCUGGACCAUCCUGCGCCGCUUCGGCUACGACGACGAGCUGGAGCUGACAGAUGACUACCUGUACCCACAGAUCCGUGUGCCUCCCGGCUGCUCCACGGAGCUCAACCACCUGGGGUACCAGUUCCUGCAGAGGCUCUUUGAGAAGCACGACAAGGACCAGGACGGAGCCCUGUCGCACACAGAGCUGCAGAACUUCUUCAGCGUGUUCCCCCGCGUGCCCUGGGGCCCCGAGCUCUACAACACGGUAUGCACCACUGAUAAAGGCCUGCUUUCCCUGCAUGGAUUCCUCUGCCAGUGGACGCUCGUGGCUUACCUGGACGUACGGCACUGCCUGGAGUGCCUGGGCUACUUGGGCUACCCCAUCAUCUCGGAGCAGGACUCCCAGACCCAAGCCCUCACAGUGACCCGGGAGAAGAGGAUUGACCUGGAGAAAGGGCAGACCCAGAGGAAUGUCUUCCUGUGCAAGGUGCUGGGAGCGCGGGGCGCAGGCAAGUCCGCCUUCCUGCAGGCCUUCCUCGGCAGGAGCCUGGCGGCCCAGAAGGAGAACCCAGGACAGCCAUCCCUCUACACCAUCAACACAGUGCAGGUCAAUGGCCAGGAGAAGUACCUCAUACUGUAUGAGGUCAGCGCUGACACGACGUUCACGAAGCCGUCGGACGCGGCCUGCGACGUCGCCUGCUUCAUCUACAGCCUGAGCGACCCCAAAUCCUUCAGCUACUGUGCCAGCAUCUAUAAGCAACACUACCUGGACAGCCAGAUCCCCUGUGUCUUUGUGGCCUCCAAGACAGACCUGCCAGAAGCCAGCCAGCAGCCAGGGCUCUUCCCAGCUGAGUUCUGCUACAAACACUGCCUCCCUCCACCCUUCCUCUUCUCCUGCCACAGCCAGGGACCACCCAGCACCGCUGUCUACACCAAGCUGGCCACUGCUGCCACCUUCCCCCACCUGAACGCCGUGGAGCUGGGAGUCGCGUCCUUCUGGCUGCGGGUGGCGCUGGGGGCGGCGGUGACGGCGCUGGUGGGCUUCACCCUGUACCGCCUGCUGGCCAAGAACAAAUGAGAGCCCCUCUCCACCCCCUCCCCCCGUGACACCAGCUCCCCGUCCCCAGCGACGCCCAGGGAGGGGCCCCGCCUCAAGCCGGCCCCUGGUAGGAAAUCCUCCUUUGCCCCAGCCUGGAUUGCAGGACCAGUGAAGCCAGAGCUCCCAGCACCAGCAGGAUCCAUCCCUGGCCCCAGCCAGCCUCACCCUGUGGCCUCCUGACCCCAGGCAGCUCUGCCAGGAGGGCUCUGCCUCACCAGCAGCUGGAGGAUCACCCUCAUCUUUUAUUCUGUUCGAUUUUUUUAACGCUUGUUUUUAAGCUCAAACA